GUAGUGCAGUCAAACAUGAGACUUUUAGAAGCCUUCCAACUUCUUUAUAUAAGAUACAUGAAUGAAGAAGAGUCUUAAAUCUCUUGAGAUUACUCAAGUUAAUUCCAUUUCCAUGGCGCCCCAUGGAUUCUACAACAAUCCCUUUGUGCUUUUUCUAUGUAUGCUUUGUCUACUUACCAUCACAGCUUGUGCAGAUUCGAGAUGGGAUAGUAUGAGAGACAAGUUCUCACAGAAAGAACCAGCAGAAUGGUUAAACCAUGGAGGAGAUUUGUAUAACAGAAGAUAUGCCAGCACCGAAACCAAAAUCAGCCCUGAAACUGCUUCCAAGCUUCGUUUGAAGUGGGAAUUCUAUGCAGGGAAAGACAUAACUGCUACACCAGCAAUCUUCAAUGGUACCCUUUACUUCCCAAGCUGGAAUGGGUACCUCUACGCGGUUAAAGCAUCAGAUGAAUCACUUGUAUGGAAGCAGAACCUGCAGAAGCUAACUGGUCUUAAUGCAACUGGAUUCGUUAAUAAUGUCAACUGGACAGUGUCUAGAGCAACUCCAACAAUAGCCGGUGACAUGCUUAUUAUUGGAAUCUAUGGACCUGCUGUUGUCAUUGCGGUGAAGCAAGCCACAGGAAGGCUUGUGUGGUCCACUCAGCUUGAUAGCAAUCCUGCAGGUGUUGUUACCAUGUCUGGAACCUUUCACAUGGGGAGCUUCUAUGUUGGAACAUCUUCACUAGAAGAAGGCCUCAGCAUUGAACAAUGCUGCAUUUUCCGUGGUAGCCUCUCUAAAUUAGACAUCAAAACCGGUGCUCUAUUGUGGCAGACCUUCACUUCGCCGGAUAAUCAUGGCGAGAGAGGGGAGUAUGCUGGAGCAGCUAUCUGGGGAAGUAGCCCUUCCAUAGAUGUCCGAAGAAAUCUUGUAUAUGUUGCCACUGGUAACCUAUAUUCAGCUCCUCUAAGUAUUCGUGAAUGCCAGGAACAGCAGAAUAAUCAGACUGUCCCUACUCAACCUGACCAAUGCAUUGAGCCUGAUAACCACUCCAAUUCCAUCUUGCUUUUGAUUUAGACUCCGGCAAGAUCAAGUGGUACAGGCAACUAGGAGGCUACGAUGUGUGGUUCUUAGCAUGUAACAAUCUAUCCACCCCUAAUUGCCCACCUGGUCCUAACCCAGAUGCUGACUUUGGGGAGGCACCAAUGAUGCUGAGCAUAUAUGUCAAUGGAACCAUGCGAGAUAUUGUCACUGCGGUUCAGAAAAGUGGGUUUGCGUGGGCACUAGACCGCAACAAUGGCAGCCUCGUCUGGGCCACUGAAGCCGGACCUGGUGGCCUUUCUGGAGGAGGCACCUGGGGGGCAGCCACUGACGGCAUUAGGGUAUACACCAACAUUGUCAAUAGCGACAGUAAGAACUUCACCCUCAAACCAUAUGAGAAAAACACAACUGCUGGUGGAUGGGUGGCAAUGGAGGCCGGUACUGGCAAAAUCCUAUGGUCCACGGCUAAUCCUAGCAAUGCCACCUCCAAUGGUCCAGUGACCAUUGCUAAUGGUGUCCUCUUUGCUGGAUCGACACAUGCAACAGGACCAGUAUACGCCAUGGACGCAGCCUCUGGAAAAAUCCUUUGGUCACACAACACUGGAGCCACUGUGUUUGGAGGCGCCUCAGUGACUAGCGGAUGCAUUUAUGUUGGGAGUGGAUAUCACGUGAACAUUGGAUCAUUUUUUCCAUUCACAAGUGGAACCUCACUCUUUGCCUUCUGUGUGGCUUAAACCCAGGCAUCUUUCAGGUGUGGAACUACCAUAUAUCCAUGAAUAAACACCUUAUAUCAUAUAUUUCUAGUGAAAAUAAAGGGAAGUGUAUCAUGUUAUAUUUGAACUUCUUCAGUAUUGGAUUUGAGUGUUGAAGUGAUUGCAUCAACCUA